CUAAGCGGAAAACGUAACCGACAAAACUCAAUCAAGAAAGUUUCGAGGUAGUUGUUGGUAAAAAUUGCCAUGUAGAAUGUGUGGUGAUGUGCCGCCCCCAAUCUGCCGCCCCGCCGCCGGCCCGGCCGUCGCAUCUCCGCCGCCCCGAUCUCCGUUGUCCGCCCUGGCCUCUGCUUUUCCACCCCGGAUCCAUUGCUGCCGCCCCUUCACAGUUCGCCGCCAUCCCCCUGCCGCAACCAUCGAUCAAGCGCAUCGCACUGCAUCUCUCCUUCCGCAGCUUGUGUGUGCCUGCGCUACCGUGGAGGAGGAAGGGGACGCGGACCCGAGGGUGCUGGCCCCGUUCGUGGAGGCGUGGGAGGAGGAGCAGGAUGACGGGAUGGAUCUGAGGUUGUGCCUGCGGGGAGAGUACGGGAGGUGCGUCGCCAUGGUGCUGGACUCCGCCGUGCUGUGCGAGAGCAGCGCCUUCUCCGCUGUCGGCGGCAAGGAGAUCGAGGUUUACGGGGUGGAGAACAUGGCGGCGUUGAGGGACGCGGUGGAGUUCAUGUUCGAUGCCGACGCGCCGCGGUGGCUCGCCAGGGCAGGCGUGUCACGCGCCAUUGCUGUGCUCGAGGAUAAUUGGAAUGAUAAUACCACCUAAAAUAGUGCUAACUGGCACUUAUCUGUAAUGAUCUUCAUACUUAGUUUGUUAGCUCAUCGGUUCAUGGAUUUUGCCACAUUUUGCUCAAAGGGUGUGAGCAUGGAGGAUGAAAGUUGUCCUUAUUUUGACGGUGUUAUCUGCGGCGUUGUUCGGGUUCUUCCUUCGAAUUUCGUUACUUGUUGAGGUCACGUAUAAGGUAACCUACAUAGAAGUGUUUGGGUGCAUGUUGAGAGUCAUAAUUAUCGGAUGACACUCCACCGUGGAUAGGUUUAUAGGAGUUCAGGUCAAAUUUUACAAGCAUUCAUUCUUAAAUGAUCAUAUGUUGUGUGUAUACAUUUAUUAUAUCAUAGAAAGUCAAAUUUUGAUAAUGUCAAAUUAUGUUGUUAUAUUUUCUAUAAACUUGAAUUUUUCAUGUGCAUUUGUUUACAUAUGAAAGCGAGAUAAAUUAAAUCCGUGGCAACGCACGGGCACUGUACUAUAGAAAAAAAAUAAGGGUUAUAAUUAUAACAAAAUAUUUGAGACAUGCAAUAUUUCGACAAGUAAUAUGGAUCGGAGGGAGCAGAAUACGUUGGAGAAUACAAUAGAAUAUAUUUGGCAUGAGCCUUCUAACAGAAUGAAAGUAUUAUGUGAUGAGAAAAUUGGAACGUUCUAGAAUGCUUGGGAGUAUGCUUGAACAGUAAGACAUUUACCACGGAACACACUGAACAAGUUGUUCAUGGUAAAUUAGGACAAAUCUAAAACUAGAAAUUUGUGUGGAGUAUUCUAGAGUAAAGAUAUUUAUAGGUUCAGGAUUUCGAUGGUUGUCAUUUGGCAAUAAUCCAAUGAUGUUACUCCAUGCGAUCCAAAAUAAUGGUCACAAAUUUCUCUAGAUAUGUAUGUAUCUAGACGCAUCUCAGUAUGCAGGUACAUGCAUAUCUAACAAAUUUGUGACAAUUAAUAUAGAUCGAAGGUAGUAUCUUUACUCUUAUAAAAGAGGCAUUUGGUGGCGGCGGUCCGUCAUCUCUUUGCCUCCGCAUGGGCAGACCCAGAAUAUUAGUUGAGAGUGGGCAAAAUAUGUAAUCAUUUGAAAAUAUAGGACAAAGUUAGAAAAAUAGGGGCAAAUACUUAAUGUUAGUGGGGGCAAUCUCUUGUUUCAUGAACAAAAUGCAAGGAGAUAAAAAACUUUGGGGACAGCUGCCCCCACAAGCAUUAAUGUGGGUUCGCCCAUGGCUCAUCUAUCGUAAAAAAAAAGCUUACCACCUCCUAACAAAACAAUUAAAUCUGUUAAAUAAUUAAGAUAUAGAUUAUGUUUUUCAUCGAAGCUAAGAUAAAAUUACUAGCAAAUGACAUUAAUACAUAAAAGUUUUCUGAUUCACGAGCAGUCUAAUAUGUUUUAUCUGUAGCAACGCACGGGCAUUUAGCUAGUAAUCCUAGAAAUAGGAAUAGUUGUCGUGGACCACCACACCGAUAAGUGUAGUGUACCAUCAUGAGAAUAGAAGUGAACUACCAUGAUUGAUUAGUAUAGUUGUUUAGUAAUACGCAUCCACUAAAAUAGUAUUAUAUCUCUCAUAACAAGUGUCUUUUUGGAUCGUAAGAUUAUUUCAAAUGAAUUUUCGAAAGAUUCUAAUGGUUAAGAUUUUUUUCUAUAUAUACUUGGGGUUGUACUCAGCCAUACUCUUUUGUACCUUAUAGUUGGUACAAGAGUUGUAUAUAUACUAUAUACUAUAUCCAAUGCAAUGAAAAUUAUAGUUCGGUUGCCACAUUUAAAAUUCAGCCUUCUCUCCACUCCAUUUACCAACAAGCCAGUGCAACUUGUAUAAUACAUGACCAGGUUGUCGCUUCCACCUACUUUGUAGAUCUAACAAUUAGACAAAUUGUUUUGAACAAACUGCCAGUUUUUCUUGUACAUGUUAUAUUUAGCAAUCAAACCGGUUCUUUAGCCAAGAUGAUCUAGCCAUUGGAAACAUCUUGACUUUACUUUGUAUAUAGAAAUGCAAUCACUAUUACAUAUAUAUUUGAUUAUGGAUC